AUGAGCUUAAGGGAACGCCUAAAUGUGCUUUACGAACGCAACUGGACCCGGCUCGUUCACGAGCAGCUGCGCAAGUUCGAGUCAUCAAUAGUCGCGGCGGCGAGGCAAUCGCCCGAGACACAACCCCCAGAGCUAGCCAUGGACUCCAAGUGGACGUUCUCUGGAUCUCUGAUAUACUGUAUCACACUUAUCACUACUAUAGCUGCUGGUCGAGCAGCCACAGUAGCCUAUGCAGCAGCUGGAGUGCCACUUACAUUGGCGUGUUUGGCGGGACUGGGGGCAUCCUUGGCACGACUGGCACGACUGGCGUGGCUAAGGACAACUAAGAGGAAAGUGCCUAACACUUGGAGGAAGGAUGGAGAGCCGGAAAACUACCUCCAGCUCCACGAACAGCAGCGCCUGCUUCCUCAGCCAGCAGAACAUAACCAAUACACAUCAUUUCCACCGAGAAGCCACCGGUCUCCUGGCACAGUGAAGGCCAGAGCUGGAGAUAGGGGCCAGUACUCCCAGGUCUUUGAGAGAGCCCCAGCGAGUCCACGAGCUGCCACCCUGGGUCGAGUAAAGCGCAGUGCCUUGCCUGAUGAUCGGAAGAAGACGAUGGGUAGCACAAAAUGCCUCGCCACAGUCCAUGGUCCUGGUCGAGGCAGGGGACGGACCACCAUGCAAAGACCAAGGGGAGCUGUUAUUGAGCAGCUGAUUGCUGAAGAGUGUGGGGAGCUGCAGAUGAACAGGAGUCAAGACGACUUGGACGACUCUGAGGAUCCUGAUGAGGCGAUAUGUCCACACGACACCCCGUCACGAGUGCCUUUGAUAUGGACUGAGGAGAGUCAUAAGAUGAAGAGUUCUAACGUGCCGAGCAGUAGUGCCUCCACCAGCGUCCAGCACCACAUCCACCACGGCAUCGAACAUUGUCACAUCCCUGUUGGAAUAGUUUUAUUCCUUCUCCUCGCUUACAUCUGUGUCGGCGCUGCCAUCUUCUCCGCUUGGGAGAACUGGAGCUUCCUCGACGCUGCGUACUUCUGCUUCAUUGCCUUAGCCACGAUAGGUUUCGGAGAUUUUGUCCCCACCAGCUUUCUAACAACUAAACAUAGCACAGAACACACUAAAAGCGAGUACGUUCAAAUGAUCGCGUGUUGUGCCUACCUGGUUUUUGGACUCAUAUUAAUAGCUAUGUCAUUUAGCCUGCUACAAGAUGAAGUAGUCGCUCGAUGUUCGCAAUUAGCUAAUAGUUUAGGCCUCUCGCGUCAAUGA